GAGCCGCGGCUGCUGCGGGAAGUGGCCGGUGCGGGAGGCGGGGACCCCGUGGGCUGAGCUGCGGAACCGUUUUCCGGCGCUGUAUAUGCGACACCGCCCCUCUCCCAGGCCAGGGGAGUAAAAGAAGAGUUGGUGGAGGAGCGGCCGCAGGCCAUCGUUGGCCGCGCUGGCGGGUCCCUUGGGGAAGGCCGUGGAGGUAUUACCUCAUUUGGAAAGCCUUGAGAAACAGGAAAACAUUUCUAACAAAAUGUCAGCUUUUCGAAGUCAUUGUCCACAUUUGGAUUCAGUUGGUGAAAUAACAAAAGAAGAUUUAAUACAAAAAUCUCAUGGUUGUUGUCAGGAUUGUAAAGUCAGAGGACCAAACCUCUGGGCAUGCCUGGAGAAUAGAUGUUCAUAUGUUGGCUGUGGUGAAUCACAAGUAGAUCAUAGCACCAUUCAUUCUCAGGAGACAAAACAUUAUCUAACUGUGAACCUUACUACUCUUCGAGUAUGGUGUUAUGCUUGUAGCAAAGAAGUAUUUUUGGAUAGGAAAUUAGGAACUCAGCCUUCAUUGCCUCAUGUAAAACCGCUUCACCAAACACAAGAAAAUAGUGUCCAGGGUCUGUUCAAGCCUGCUGUCUUUUCUGUUAUCAAGGACUUUAAAAUACCCAGUAACACAACAUUAAAAACUCCUCUGGUUGCUGUAUUUGAUGAUUUGGACAUAGAGGUAGAAGAAGAAGAUGAACUUAAGGCAAGAGGUCUUACAGGUUUGAAAAAUAUUGGAAAUACUUGUUAUAUGAAUGCAGCUUUGCAGGCUCUUUCUAAUUGCCCACCUUUGACACAAUUUUUUCUGGAUUGUGGAGGACUAGCCCGAACAGAUAAGAAACCAGCUAUUUGUAAAAGUUAUCUCAAACUGAUGACAGAACUGUGGCAUAAAAGCAGGCCAGGAUCUGUUGUGCCUACUAAUCUGUUUCAGGGAAUUAAAACUGUAAAUCCAACAUUUCGGGGUUAUUCUCAGCAAGAUGCUCAAGAAUUCCUUCGAUGUUUAAUGGAUCUGCUUCAUGAAGAAUUGAAAGAACAGGUCAUGGAGGUAGAAGAGAAUCUUCAAACUGUAACAACUGAGGAGACCAUGGAAGAAGACAAAAGCCAGUCAGAUGUAGAUUUUCAGUCCUGUGAAUCUUGUAACAGCAGUGAUAAAGCCGAAAAUGAAAAUGGCUGUAGAAGCUUUUCUGAAGAUAAUAAUGAAACGACAAUGUUGAUUCAGGAUGAUGAGAACAAUUCAGAAAUAUUGAAAGAUUGGCAAAAAGAGAAGAUGUGCAAUAAGAUUAAUAAAGUAAAUUCUGAAGGAGAAUUAGAUAAAGAUAGAGACUCUGUGUCUGAAACAGUUGACUUGAACAGUCAGGAAACUGUCAAAGUGCAAAUACACGGCAGAGCUUCAGAAUAUAUUACUGAUGUCCAUUUGAAUGACCUGUCUACACCACAGAUCCUCCCAUCAAAUGAAGGUGUUAAUCCACGUUUAUCAGCAAGCCCUCCUAAAUCAGGCAAUUUGUGGCCAGGAUUGGCACCCACACACAAAAAAGCUCAAUCUGCAUCAUCUCCAAAGAGAAAAAAACAGCACAAGAAAUACCGAAGUGUUAUUUCAGACAUAUUUGAUGGAACAAUCAUUAGUUCAGUGCAGUGUCUGACUUGUGAUAGGGUGUCUGUAACCCUCGAGACCUUUCAAGAUCUAUCCUUGCCUAUCCCUGGCAAGGAAGACCUUGCUAAGCUGCAUUCAUCAAGUCAUCCAACGUCUAUAGUCAAAGCAGGAUCAUGUGGUGAAGCAUAUGCUCCACAAGGGUGGAUAGCUUUUUUCAUGGAAUAUGUGAAGAGGUUUGUUGUCUCAUGUGUCCCUAGCUGGUUUUGGGGUCCAGUAGUAACCUUGCAAGAUUGUCUUGCUGCCUUCUUCGCCAGAGAUGAACUAAAAGGUGACAAUAUGUACAGUUGUGAAAAAUGCAAAAAGUUGAGGAAUGGAGUAAAGUUUUGUAAAGUACAGAAGUUUCCUGAGAUUUUGUGCAUCCAUCUUAAAAGAUUCAGACAUGAAUUGAUGUUUUCCACCAAAAUCAGUACCCAUGUUUCAUUUCCAUUGGAAGGCCUGGAUCUUCAGCCAUUUCUUGCUAAAGAUAGUCCAACUCAAAUUGUUACCUACGAUCUCCUGUCAGUCAUUUGUCACCAUGGAACUGCAAGUAGUGGACACUAUAUUGCCUACUGCCGAAACAAUUUAAAUAAUCUCUGGUAUGAAUUCGAUGAUCAGAGUGUCACUGAAGUUUCAGAAUCUACUGUACAAAAUGCAGAAGCUUAUGUUCUUUUCUACAGGAAGAGCAGUGAAGAAGCACAAAAAGAGAGGCGGAGGAUAUCCAAUUUGUUGAACAUAAUGGAACCAAGUCUCCUUCAGUUUUAUAUUUCUCGUCAGUGGCUAAAUAAAUUUAAGACUUUUGCUGAACCUGGCCCUAUUUCAAAUAAUGAUUUUCUUUGUAUUCAUGGAGGUGUUCCUCCACGAAAAGCUAGUUAUAUUGAAGACCUGGUUUUGAUGCUGCCUCAGAACAUUUGGGAUAACCUAUAUAGCAGGUAUGGAGGAGGACCAGCUGUCAACCAUCUGUACAUUUGUCACACUUGCCAAAUUGAGGCAGAGAAAAUUGAAAAACGAAGAAAAACUGAAUUGGAAAUUUUUAUUCGGCUCAACAGAGCAUUCCAAGAGGAGGACUCGCCAGCUACUUUUUAUUGUAUCAGUAUGCAGUGGUUUAGAGAAUGGGAAAGUUUUGUGAAGGGUAAAGAUGGAGAUCCUCCAGGUCCUAUUGAUAACACUAAAAUUGCAAUCACCAAAUGUGGCAAUGUCACACUUAGGCAAGGGGCAGAUUCUGGUCAAAUUUCUGAAGAAACGUGGAAUUUUCUACAGUCUAUAUAUGGUGGAGGGCCUGAAGUCAUCCUGCGACCUCCUGUUGUUCAUGUUGAUCCUGAUGUCCUACAAGCAGAAGAAAAAAUUGAAGUAGAAACUCGGUCUUUGUAAUUUUGAGGGUAUAGAGGUCUGAUGAGAAAUCAUUCUCACAUCUUCUGACAUAUAGUCAUGCAAAAACAUUCCUAAAAGCAUGUUUAUUUUCUUGAUUUUUAAUAUUUUAUCUUUUAUUCCUUCUUACUGGGCAUUUUGAAAGAAUGUGUUCAAAUGUAUAGUAUUCUACAGGUUGGUAUAUUUAAUGGUAGAUAACUUUCCGUAAAGUCUUUUGGUGUAAUAUUUUUGAAAGAGAAGGGGUAAUUGUGAUCAUUUGGUAAUGAGUUGGUUAUCUUUGAUAUUUAUACUACAUAUAAACCCAUGAAUCCUUUGUAGCUUUGUAAAUACUUUUGCUUUGAAAACUUUUUCAUUAUCCUAAAUGAUCAUAACUCUGACCAAUCUUUUCAGUUCUUCAAAAACUUGAUUUAAGUGUAUAGUUUUGACAUGGCUUCUUAUAAUAUAAAGAGCCUAUUUUAAAUUGAGAGUUGUAGUCAGAAAAAUGUUAAUUUCCUAAAGCUCAGGAAACUGUUAGGGUGUCAACUUCUUUUGCACUGCAGCAUAUAAACUAGCAUAUUAAUAUUUACAAGAUGUCUUUUUGAAUGUAUCAAGGAUGUAUUUAGUUUGAGUGGAAUUUGUGUCAGCAGAUAUUAGUAAUUUAUUGCCUCCUAUACUGUAAAAUACUAAAUUUCAAUUCCUAUAACCCUGAUUAGUAAUCUUAAUAUCAGUAAAAAACUUAGAGUUAGUUUUAGGACACUUUGUUUUGAGAGCAUGAAGUAUAGACUGUCAAUGAGAUUGUUGAUAAAGCUGAAGUCUAAGCCUCUUGCAAAUGAUUUUUUAAAUGAAACCUGCAUAAAGUCUUUUUGAAUAAUAUAGUAUGCACUGCUAUUUGCUUGAUUAUGCGAUGUCAAAAGUUUAACUAUAUUCCAAGUACAAAACUAAACUGGAUUACUUUGAGAAUGUUGAAUAGCAUUCACAGUGGCUUUGUUUUGGUUUGGGGCAGCUGCCACCAGCUAAAACAGCAUUAUUAAAAUUAGUUCAAUAAAAAUGAUUUAAAAAUGU